UUUCAUUCUUUUACUCUCUCUCCUUCUUCCUUGCUUUUCCAUUCAACGCCCGGUUGACUCGAGCCUCUGAAUGAAGUCUUGAGCGCGGAGCGGAGCCCCCCAAGUUAAACGGGCACGACGCGAACAGACUGAUUCAAAGCCUGCUAGUCAGUUAACGCCAACUCGACAAUAAACAAAACGGGACAGCAGUUGCGAAAUACAGCAACAGCUCUAUUAUAUCUCUAAUCAAUUCGACGACGACUCCUGUUACUCCGAUACCCAAUUUGACGAAAGAUACGAGGGACCGAUUCGCUUUACCACCGCCAUUAUGCCUCCUUCGCUCAAUACCCAUUCCUCCUUUACCCGUCCUCGGACUAGCGACCGCGAUGGCAGGCCCAGCACCCGCGAUCAGGGCCCAGACCAAAACCUGCUGAUCCCUAGUCGAACUUCUUCGCUGCACUCGCGCAUUACGCAACCUAUUCCUUCAACCCUCAACAUGAAGCCCCAGCAGCGAACACCAAAGACCUUGACCCAUGCGUAUAUGGUCUGCGGUGUCGGCCGCGAACCAUCGCAAUGGGUCAAGGCUCCUACUCCAGCCCAAGGAAAGAUUGGCCACAUGAAGGGUGCCGUUGGUCAGUUCUGGUUGCCCGAAAUUUUGGGCAGCAGCCCUCGCCUUGAGCAGGACAAUGAGAUCGCUCGCGCGCUUCACUCUGCGAUGAGGGCUUGUUUCCCUCAUGAUGUUGAGAUUUGCACAGGCCGCAGCCAACCUCACUGCGUUCACCAUUCCUUUGUUCUUCAGCAGGAUUCCUCUCACACUCUGUAUGGUAUCUGUUUGCGAGUUUGGUCGCGAGCCGAUGAGAAGAGGGCCGAGACAAUCCGCGAGCUUCGCAAGAGAACUGAGAGUGACUAUUAUGACAACCCUGAUGAGACCUACUGGAUUCCCUACUGUUUGUCAUUCCUCUCCCGAUAUCCUUUGUACAACCUUUUGGGAGAUUAUCUUCGAGGUAUGUGGAUUCACUGGAACAAGGCUACCAACCUGUUCCACGCCGAGGAGGUUUCCCGUAUCCUCAGCUUCCCUGCUCCUCGCCUGAACGAUUUGGUCCGCAUCGACAUGAAGGACUAUGCUCUCUGCUACCAGUUCCCAUCUUCGCCCACUGGAUUCCAAAACUUCGCCAUGUGGCCCCUCUUCAACUGUUUAUCAAUUCCCAACAUUGUCGGCGUCAUCGAAGCAGCCAUUUCUCCUACGCGCCGAAUCAUCUUUGUCAGCCACUACCCUGCUAUGCUCACCAUGGCUGCCGAGACUGUUAGAUACUGUGUCCGAGUUUAUGAGUGGAGUGGUCUUUACGUUCCGGUAGUCCACGCUCGUCAUGCCAAGGAGUUGGUCCAGGAGCCUGGUCCUUACAUCCUAGGUAUCACCGUCGAGUGCCGCUCUCUCUUCACAGCACCCACCGACGCCCUAGUCGUCGACCUUGAUCGCAACUUCGUUCUCACAUCCAGCCCUCCCACCGCUCUUAACCCCGGCCAGCGUAACAAGUUUGUUACCCGACUCACUCAGGCUUUGAACGGCGAUGUCACCCCCUCCGGAGUCCCUCAGCAUCUCCGAUCCGCUUACGGUGGUGGCAAGCUUGUCCCUGCCGGCCAAAUCAUCGUGAUGCGUGGAGAGGUCGAGUCUAUCCAGGACCCUGAGUGGUGGAACCAGGACGCCGUCAUGGCUGUUAUGGAUCACGUCUGUGAGAAGCUUGGACGCAACACUGGCAUUAAGGCUGUCUUUGGCGGAUCCGUCAAGAAGCCCCUCAUGACCAAGGUCUCUAUGCGCCACCUCAACGAGCUCGUCCGUGAGAGGAACCAAUACUCGCGCGAUGCUCUUGAAGCUUGGCAGGACUUCAUCAACCUCAAGGGUCGCAUGGACACUGAGCUCAGCAAGGUCAACAAGCGCAACAACUACCUUGUGGAGGAGCUCGAGAGCUGGAAGCAGCAGUUCCUCAAAUUCCAGGCCUUCGCUGAGACCCUUACCAAAGAGACACAAGACCUCAAGGUCAAGAUCGACACACACAAGAGGGAGAACCGCCGUCUUGCUGGUCUCAUUGAUCAGCAGAAGGACGACAAUGCCCGCCUCUCUGUUCGUCUUACUGGUACUGAGAAGCAGCGUGACGAUGCUCUCGAGGCCCUCGUCCUCCAGCAGGAGAUUGCUGAGGAGCUUGAGCGCGAGCGUAAGAGAAACAAGAAGGAGCUUUCUCAGCUUCAGCACACCAACGUGACCAUCAUGCGACAGCGUGACGAGGCCAGAAGAGUCGUUCUUCACCUUCGCAGUCUCAUUGGUGGCCAAAGCCACCACAUGGAGCAUCUCAUCCAGUCUCUUACCAAGCCUGAUGACCUGGCUCAGGAGAUCGAGGAGGGUUAUGACGAGACUGAGGAGGAGACUCAAUCCAGCGAGCCCAGCCGUCUCACACCUAGCCCCAGCCCUACCACUACUUCCUCCACCAGCCGAAGCAAGCGAUAUUCUUCGGCGAGCUUCAGCGAUGUGGCCGACCGCCACCUCAAGGACAAGACCGAUGCCAUUGCACACAUUGUACGCAACAUUGCUGAGCAAUGCCAGGCUGCUGUCGAGGGCCUGCAGCUGGCACAUGAUGCCGAACUAGGGAGUUCUAGCCGACGGAAUUCGAGACACUCUACCAUCCAGAGCGAUGACGGCCACUCCGCCGCCACUUCCGAAACAGGGGACGAAUCCCUCCUGGCGCCGCGGUCCGGGAGGGCGUCCAGUAUCCCUCCCACCCCGGAUCUCAUCCCCAACAGGAGCAGCACAGCAAUGUCCUUUGCCUCUACAGCUACUACUCCCGAGCGAUCGUCGCAGCAGUAUAGCCUCCGAGACGAGAUCCCCACAAAGAUUGUCGAGGAUGACGAAGAGGACUUCGAGGAGAAUCGAUCCGAUAACGGGACAGUCUCACACGAGACAUCUGUCGUAUCUAAGCAUCAGCUCCAGCACCAACAGUCCCUGAUGCACAGGCCAUCGGGCGCCAGGAUCAGUGCUCUUGGCGGUACACGCUGAAUGUGUUAGAUGAUAUACUCAUCAAUAUCUGAUAUCCUAUUUAAUUGCGUUGUAUUUGGCGGUAUGCUUGGAUCAAAACCUGCGGGCCACGGCGUUUAAUGUCUCCUUUUCACCCUUUCUAUUACAACCAUUUACUGUCUCAUCUGAUGGGCAGCUUUCGCUCAUAUACCUGGGCUUGACGGCCAUUUUUUCCAUUAUGUUAGAGUAUUCUUCUGAGAAGCGGUGUUUAUUUACUGCGUCGCUCCGUUACUUGAUCUAACGGACGUCACAACAAUGAAACACAUUUUAACGUUAAAUGAAUGACCUAUAAACUUAUAUGUGAUGAGAUCCCCCUAUGUAUGUGUAUCGCAUGUGAUAAAAGGUCAACUUGUUCUAUGGUUAUGAUUCAUGCCUUUACCUGUUCAUCUCUUUGUUUCAGUUGGUCCAUAUAGACUGAGUAA